AGAAUCAAAGGAAACGUACAGUCAUCACAGAUUUCACUUGACUACGUUGAGAUAUGAAGCCCACACAGUUAAGCGAGAAGGCAACAAGUCCGGAAGUUAUUCUUCAAACAGACGUAAGGGGAAAAACAUUCAGUCGGAAGAUGAUAUACAUGCUAAUAGGAGCUUUCGCUUUCGUCCUUGUAGUCAGUGCUGUAAUUCUAGCGGUUUAUUUUGGGAUGAAGAUGACAAAAGCUAAUUUCAAGGAAUACACAGCUACAUUCUUGGGAGACGAUGGUACUUCAAAGAAGGAGAAAGUAGUUGUUACAGACACAGAAGAAAUCUUCGAGACGGAUGUUGCCACUGCCGUUGCUGAUUUCUCAACGGGCCUGGUAACAUACAAAUUUCAGGAAACAGAAAACGCGUUUGACGUAAAUAUAUAUGUUAUGUGACUAACCUAAAUACAAGCCAUUUUCAAACUCCAAAAGAGUUUAUAAAGACGCACACAUCUGAUCAGAUCACAUUUUCGACGAACAACAAAAUUUCCAGAAGGUACGAAGUAACAGACAUAUGGUUGAAUAACAAAGCUCUUGGACCUAAAUCAGCCAAACUCUGCGUAGGGAAGCCUGUGUUCUUCUUGCGCGAAAUGACAGAGACAACAAACCGAGAGAAGAGAGACGUGACGAUCAUAAUCAGUAUCGGUGGAAUCGUAAUAGUGAUAAUGUUUUAAUAUAUAACAAUUAAUAAGUAUCCACAGAGAAGCGGGAGUGUUUGAAUGUGUUACAUAUAUAGACAUAGAGUUUUCUUUCAUUUCUGUAACAUUUUGUCAGUUUUCGGAUUGUUGUGGGAAAUGUAAGUUUAUUCAGCUGAUACUUUGUUUGUUGACUUUCAAUGAUAUAAUGAUAUAACAUGUAUGAUUUGCACUUUGAUUUACAUCUGAUUCACCACUUGUCAUUGAAAUUUGAACGCAUAUGAACACAAAGGCAUUUAUAAUCGGUCAGCUAUGUUUUUCAUAUACCGGUAUUUCGUUAUGACCACGCUAAAAAUAAAACAAUAACGUAUACCACGCCCGGUUGAUUUAAACCAUUUAAAUGGAAAAUUACCCCCACGAAAAAAUAACAUAUUGGAACAAAGGUGAACGAGAAUAUUUCAGUCGUGUAAUUUGAAUAUUAUCCCAGUUAUCGCAAUUACAACAGUGACCGAUUAUUGAGUGAAUAUGAUAUUGACACGUACAAUGUAAAUAGCACAUAUUGAACUAUUACAGAUUUUACUAUUUUAUUCCUCUUGUCGAAAGUUCUGUCAGUUUAUUCAUAAUUUAUCGAAUGCGAGUGUUCACAUUCACUCUUU